UGCCCCCCACCAUGUGUGGGAAGAGGUCCAAGUGCUCCUUCUCCCGCCUGGAGGUGAUCCUCAUCAUUUGCCUGGUGUUGAUGAUAGUGGUGACCGUGGUGCUUCUCGUCCUCCACUUCCUCACCAAUGAGAGCAAUGGCAAGUUGAGCUAUUUCAGUCCCACCAUCACACUCUGCUUGAAUUCCAGCGAAGUAAUACCAAAGUACUUACUGGGCGUAGGUCGAGCUGACUGCACGGGACCUGUGGCAGAAAUUCCUCUGAUGGGAUAUGCCAGCCCGGACCAGGUGGGUGGCGGGCUUCUCACACGUCUCUACAGCCGAGCCUUCAUUUUGGCAGACCUUGACGACUCCAGGCGAGUAGUGUUUGUCAGCGCUGACAUAGGAAUGGUGUCUCAGAGAUUGAGGCUGGAGGUGCUCAGGAAACUGAAGAGAAAGUAUGGUGACCGGUAUAGACAGGACAACGUUAUCCUCAGUGGCACCCACACACACUCGGGGCCUGGUGGCUAUUUCCAGUACACCCUCUUCUGGAUCACUAGCAAAGGGCUAAUCAGACCUUCCCUCAACAGUAUCGUGAAUGGCAUCAUAAAGAGCAUUGAUAUAGCGCAUAGGAACAUGAAGAGAGGAAAUCUUUUUAUAAACAGAGGCACUGUAGAAAACAGCCAGAUCAACCGAAGCCCUUUCUCCUAUCUUGAGAAUCCAGCAUCUGAACGAAGCAGGUAUUCAUCCAACACAGAUAAAGAAAUGGUGAUGCUGAAGAUGGUAGAAGAGAAUGGACAGGAGCUAGGACUUAUCAGCUGGUUUGCCGUGCACCCGGUCAGCAUGAACAAGACAAACCAUCUUGUGAACAGCGACAACAUGGGCUAUGCAUCUUACUUGUUUGAACAGGAGAAGAACAAGGGGAUGCUUCCUGGAGAGGGCUCUUUUGUUGCCGCCUUUGCAUCCUCCAACCUGGGAGAUGUGUCACCCAACACCAAAGGCCCGUACUGCGUAAACACGGGGAAGUCGUGCAAUAACCCACAGAGCACCUGUCCUGUUGGGGGGGCAAUGAUGUGUAUGGCCAUGGGUCCCGGAAAUGACAUGUUUGACAGUACAAGAAUUAUAGGGCAAAAUAUCUACUUGAAAGCAAAGGACCUGUAUGAAAAAGCUUCCCAGGAGGUCACAGGACCCCUCAGCUCAGCUCACCAGUGGGUAAACAUGAGCGAUGUCUCGGUGGAGCUCAAUGCCACGCACACGGUUAAAACAUGUAAACCAGCCUUAGGACACAGCUUUGCUGCAGGAACUGUUGAUGGAGUGGGGGGUCUCAACUUCACACAAGGCUCAGUAGAAGGGGACCCCUUUUGGGAUGAAAUCCGUGACCAGCUGCUGGGAAAGCCGUCCAACGAAACAAAAGCCUGCCACAAACCCAAGCCAAUCCUCUUUAGCACUGGAGAGAUGAGUCGGCCUCACCCAUGGCACCCUGACAUCGUGGAUGUUCAGAUUGCUCUCAUUGGAUCACUGGCAAUAGUUGCUGUUCCCGGAGAGUUCACGACCAUGUCUGGACGCAGGCUACGGGAAGCUGUUAAAACAGAAUUUGAUUCUCAUGGUAUAGCCAGAACAGAUGUUGUAAUUGCAGGUCUGUGCAAUGUCUACACCCAUUACAUUACCACCUAUGAAGAAUACCAGGCUCAACGAUAUGAGGCUGCGUCUACUAUUUAUGGGCCACACACGCUUUCUGCUUAUAUUCAGCUGUAUAGAGGACUUGCACGGGCUAUUGCUACGAAUACAGUUCAUGAUUUGCCACAAGGUCCAGAGCCGCCAGUUUUCAAUAUAGGUAACGUGACCUUGGUGCCUCCUCUCACUGACGAUCGUGUGCCGGUGAAUAAGACAUUUGGGGACGUGCUACAAGAAGUGAGACAACAGUAUCGAGUGGGAGAAGUUGCAGAAGUAACUUUUGUAGGCGCAAACCCAAGGACCUCUGCAGAGAAUGCGACUGAACACAACUUCCUGACAGUGGAGAGAUACACCAACAUUUCAGACAGCUGGCACGUGGUACAGAACGAUGCCUCCUGGGACACCAGGUUUUACUGGACCAAAGGAUAUUUCGGUCGGAGCAACGUAACUAUUGAAUGGCACAUCCCUCCGGGCACAGAGCCGGGUGUCUACAGGAUACGGUAUUUUGGGCACUACAGGAAAAAACCGCCUAAGAGUCACGCUGUCUCUAUUCCAUUUGAAGGCACAUCUUCAGCAUUUGAAAUCACAAGUAUGUAGGUGAUCUUGUUCAUUAAAGGACUUGUUUCCUUUGAGCAGGAGAUUUGAUGUCUGCGAUGUUCACAAUGCAUGCCUCUGAGUUUUUUUUGUGGCAUGUGACCCUAUACAUCAUUGCUGUCCCUGACGUCCAAGUGCUGCUUGUCAUCCUUUGCUGUGCAAAGCUCAACUUCCUGCAAAGUUUUGACUUUUACCUGCAAUUCAUUCUCACUAGUUCAAUGUAUUCUCAUUCAAGUGGUGCCCAUCCUGGCCAGAUCUU